AUGGGGUUCGCAAAUCUCAGAUACCGUGCUCAGCACCCGCAUGUGAGUGGUACCACCUCAUCAGCCACCGCUCGUGCAGCGUCGAAGGUCCUCUAUAUACCCGAAUUACUUGAGAUGGUGCUCGCUCAACUCCCGAUGAAGGAUCUUCCCUUUGCUCAGCGAGUCUCCAAGCAGUUCCGCGCCAUGAUCUGGACCUCCAGACGUCUUCGGCAGAAGCUCUACAUGCGGCCCUCAGAUUACCCGCCUGAUCAUGCCAUCGCCUGCCACAACCAAGCUACCGUAUCUUACCUCGGUCGUAAUGCUCUACUGGUCUCCCGCAGCUCACAGUCAAGCUGCACUUACUCCCAUGGUGUCUGCUUCUCUACCCAUUCUUGCGCACUCUCCAGUCAGCCCGACAACGCCACGGCGAGGUCACGCUUCGUGCAUCUCAACAUCGAGUUAGAGACUCAGCUGGUCAAAAUCGACUUCUACACUCCGGGUCAAACCAUCAACGCAUUCGAGCUGGCAAGUCGUGUUCACCAGCAUUCUUGA